ACGGUAACAGCUUAGUUCAUGGUACAGAGACAGGGAGUGAACAGCAACGCGGAAGAUGGUGCGAUUUGUCUCCAACUUGUACCAUGGCAGCCACAGGUGCCUCUGCUGCCAUGUGCGAACCGGGAGCAUAAUCCUGACCGCUUCUUACACUGUUGUUUGGACAGUAAUGGCUGGAUUUGAACUGGUGAGAUUAUUCAGGCCAGAUUCAAAAGUAGAUGUUUCUUUGAUUGGGCUGCAUUUUGAAGGUGCUUUUCACAGAGUGGACAGUUUUGCAUCUCUUAUGCUUGACAUUUUCCUGACUGCUGUCAGUGGCCUAGGAGUUUAUGGAAUUAUUAAGUAUUAUACACAUUUUCUGACUCCAUUUAUAAUUUACCUGGUAGUGGACUUCACCAUCUAUUGCAUAGAAGUACUUGGCAUCUAUGUUGAGCUACCAGAAUAUGUACAUAUCAAGCAUUAUGUUCAAAAUGUGUUUUAUUUCCCAGAAAGAGAAGCUAUUUCAGGUCCAGGCUCCGGCAAAGCAAUGGUUAUGUAUUCACUUAUGUUCAUAACAGUUAUGCUUCUGAAGUGCUUCUUAAUCAAUGCUGUAUGGAACUGCUUCAAGUUUAUGAAGGAAUUGGAACAAGAGAGCAGCCUGGUGGACACUCUCCUUGACCUUCGUUCCCGGACUCGGCCACCAGCAUACAAAGAUAUUAUGAAGUUGCCAUUACAUGAGGAGGUUGUAAAGAAAGCACCAGAAUUGCCGUUCAAGGAAUUUCCACCUUCCUACACACCAAUGUAAUUUACAGUGGCCUGACGUGAACAUUUGUAUGUUCAUUAACUAUGGAAAAUGUUAACAAUAUUGUACUAGGUAAAAUCCAGAGCUUAGGAAGCAAUAUUCUAUUUGCAAUGAAUGUGCUUUAUAAUUGUUACAUGUGAUUUUUGAGGGUUUGUGUUGUGUAAAUGUAAAUAAUCUCAAAACCUAAACAAGUGGGGACAGUUUGGGUGCAGAGAGUAGUGUCCAUUGUACUUGUUAAAUAGCUAAUUCUGAUACUGACAGCAAUUGAAACCAUGCUUGUGUAUUUAAAUUGGCACAUUCAAUGUUAAAAGUUAAAGCCAACUAGUCAUACUAAGUACUGGGUCAUGGUCAUCCAUUCCUGGACACCGCAGGUGUUUUCCCAGAUAAUUUGAUGGACAUUAUGUCAAACUGAGAAGCAGCCUACAAAUCCUGAAAUAAAAGCAAAAGAAACCUGGAAAUACUCAGCAGAUGCAACUGACUAUAUUUACUAUUGACAAUUGAAAUCCAUCCCAAAAGUUCUAGACCAAUGAGUGUAACUUCUUUAGAAAUGGCAUCAACAGGUCAUUGGGAAUGAAUUUUGAGUGGAUAAUGACUGCACACUUUUCUUCCCCCUUCAUGUACUAAGACUUUGACCCAUGAGGCACUAUAGUCUUUAAAACCAAUUUACUAGCUGAGAAAGAUCCAUUUCCCAUUGUGUUUUUCCUUAUCUGCUAGUUAUAUUCAAGAUCCUCACUGGCACCAAAGUAUACUUCUGACAGUCAUCAGAUGAUGGCCACAACUCAGGAAUUACUUUCUAACAGCUUGGAUAUUAUAGUUGAGCAAAAAAAAAGCAUUACAGCCUAAUUCAACAAUCCUUUAGGUUUUUAAACUAUCAUUUUUUCAUGGACCAACAUGCAAUUUUUUGAAUACUGGAGAAGCACCUGAAUUUAUGGGACAUAUUGCUUUGUCUGUCUCCCGUACUGCAAUCAUCAAUCAUAAAGAAAGUGUGGCAUGUUUGCAUAUAUCGAAGUUUGAUUGUAGAAGAUUCGAGCUUCAGUGGAUUUUUGUCUAGUAGGAAAUUCUCAAAUCAGUUGCCAACUGAGGCACAACACAGCAGAACCCAUUUGUCAAGUGAGCUCCUUGUGUGCUGUUCUUACAAAGCAGAUUCUAAUUGCCUAGUUGACUGAAAGCAGACAUGAAACAUUACAAUCCUUUCAUUCAAAGUAAUAAAGAUGCUCAUGUUUGAAUGACUGAGAUUAACAUUGGCUACCAAGUAUUUGUGCAAUUACACGUGAUAGAUGAGCAAGGCAAAAUAAGGCCAUCUGAAUUGGUUGCUUAACUGUAGCCUCUGCUUUAUUUCCAUGUGAAUUUGGAUCAGAUAGAAGGGAGAAAGAUGCCUUGCUGUUAAUUACUUUGAAUGAAAACUUAAACUACACCUUUUGUAUGUAUUUGAUUUUUGCCACUGGUUUGUAAGGGGGAAAAUAUCUGCUCCCUUAAGGUUGAUGUGGUUAAAUCCUUCAUGUAGAGAAGCUUAAAAAACAAAAAGAUGAUUUUUUUUCCACUUGAAAGGGCUAUGUAUGAAAGCUUCAGACGCUUUCAUUAGCUAUUACAAUUUUCUGAUUGUGUGCAUUUUAGUGUAAAGGCUUUGUAUAGACAGCUGAAGUAUUUUGCUGUUUAUUUCCCAGCUGUUUCUAUAAUAUGCAUAUAAUUUGUGCUUUAAGUGAAAUCAUUCAGUCUGUUUAUAAAAAUUCCUAAUUUAUCAGUGGUAUAGACCAUUUAAAAAGGAGCAUUAGCUUCAUUAUUAGUUCUUCAUUGUUUAAACUCCACAUCUUGUGAGAAAAAGAUGGGGAGCAUUGAAAUGGUUAAGACUUGUAAGAUUUAAAUGUGCCCUUUUAGAUUUGAACUGUAAAAUUGUACAAACAAUGCAAUCGUUCCUUGUAUAUUUGAAGGUUUCUAUAACAUUUUGACAUCUGUGGCACUAUGUUGUGGCUGAACUGUGGCAAUUGCAGCUGUUCUCACAUUUAGUGCAAUCAGUAACAAAUGAUUUUUUUAAGUUGGUUCUUCUGUAAAAUUAGCUUAUUUCCAUGAAUAAAUUAUACAGUCAAUACA